UCUUGGACCAGGCUUAAGCUCCAAACUUAUUUUCCGGUCACUUCCUACCAGAAUUGGAUUUCUGCAACGCUCAUCAUCUGCGAACGCUUUCUCGCUGGAGUUUCGAUUCCGAUUCGGUCUUGGUCUAGGGCCGCGUUCGCUGCGCGCCAGAGCUCUGAAGAUCCCGUCAGAUGGCCGAUGUCGUCAUUGCUGUGCUCGGUAGCUAAGCGAUGCAGCGGGAAUCGUCGUGGGUCGGUGGCCGAUCUGUUCAUGAGCUAGAGCCCCCAGGGCCGUUGUUAUUCCUUCCACUGCUUUUACUUCAAGGCGGCGGUAUGGAUCUUUCUAGGGUUGGUGAGAAAAUCUUCAGCUCCGUCCGUUCUGCUCGCUCACUUGGCCUCCUCCCAUCUACGUCCGAUCGCCCUGAGGUUCCUGAAAGGGUAGCUGCAGCUGCUGCUGCAGCUCGAGCUCUUGCAGGGCUUCCCCCACAUGAAAGGAUUGCCCUCACAUCAAAUUCUGAGGAUAUUACUUUCCUAUAUGGUAGUAAGGAUCAAACCCUUGAGGUGCUUGAAGAGGAGUUCUAUGAGGAGGACUUUGAUCCCGUUAAGUAUAUUUUGGAGCACAUUCAGUCUGGAGAGAGUGACACUGUGUAUUUUGAGAAGAAGGCCACUCUUAGGUUAGCCCAACUUGAUAAAAUAGCAGAACGCCUAGCACGCAAUGUUGUGGAGCACCAUGAAGAGUUGGUGAAGGGUUUGCAACUUGUAAUGGAGUUGCAACAGGACUUGAAGGUUGCAAAUGUCAUUUGCAUGAAUGGGAGAAGACACAUAGCCUCUUCCAUGCAUGAAUUUUCAAGGGAACUUGUUGUCCAUUCGCACUCGAAGAAGAAACAAGCUUUGCUGGAAAUGCUUCCAAUUCUUGCUGAACUUCACCGUGCGUUAGAUAUGCAAUUGGAAUUGGAAGGUCUAGUUAAGGAGGGAAACUUUUUCCAGGCAUUUGCUUUAUUACCUGAAUAUUUACAACUUUUGGAUGGCUAUUUAGAGCUUUCUGCUAUUAAAGAAAUGAGUAGUGGGAUCGAGGCUUGGUUUGAACGGACGCUUCAGAAGUUAGAUAAACUUUUAUUAGGUGUUUGCCGAACUUUUAGAGAAGAGAGCUAUGCAACUGUGAUUGAUGCUUAUGUUUUGGUUGGAGAUAUUACUGGUCUUGCUGAGAAAAUACAGAGUUUUUUUAUGCAAGAGGUUCUUUCAGAAACUUACUCUCUUUUGAAGGAUAUCGUGAUUGAGGAUCCUGGAAAUGAAUCACAGAAAAAUAGAUUCACCUACAGCGAUCUCUGUGAACACAUACCUGAAUCAAAAUUUCGAUAUUGUUUGUUGAAAACAUUGGACAGCUUGUUCAAUUUGAUGUGUUCAUAUUACGCAAUCAUGAGUUUUAAUCCAAAAAGACAGUAUAUUGAUUAUCCAACUUCAAACAAUGCAUCCAAUAACAUUAGUACUUCUCGGAGCUCAAAAGGUGUUGAAAGUGAUGUAGAUCCAAGUGGUUUAAGUGAUGCUUCUGGAUUAGUACCAAGAGAGAUUGGCUCACCAUCAGCUGAUUGUGGUAUACAAUGUUCAUCUGUUGAUGAUACUACAGAAAAUCUCGGCUCUACAGUUUCAAGUUCCUUUAUGUCAUCUGUAGAUACAUGUGAUAGCAGCACUUCAGCAAGUUGUAAUUCUUCUUUCUAUCAUUUGAGAAAAGAUGCCACUUCAUUUGUUGCACAAACUUUACAUAGAAGGCGGGAAAGCUUGUGGCAGCUUGCAACAAGUCGUGCAUCCGUGUUACUCUCAUCUCCCGUUGUUUACUCAACUAGUACAUUCCAGUUUCUGCAGAACUAUGAAGAUCUAAAUGUUUUCAUAUUGGCUGGUGAAGCAUUCUGUGGAUUACAAGCAACUGAGUUCAGGAACAGAUUAAAAAGUAUUUCUGAAAACUAUGUUGCAGCAUUUCACAGGCAAAAUGUUUAUGCACUUAAAAUGGUAUUGGAGAGGGAGAAUUGGAUGAAGUUAUCUCCAGAGACUAUGCAGCUAAUUAGUUUGGCUGGCCUCAUUGGUGAUGGCGCUCCCUUGAUUGUUCCUUCUUCAAGCAAUUCUUUAGCGGCCUCUGCAAUUCAGUCCAUGAAAAGUUCUGAUGUGGUUUACAAUGGGAAACAGAAGGAUGGGUUUUGUUAUUGGCUUAGUAUUGAAAACCCAUUUUCUUCAAAACUAUCAAAUGGUUCCAAACAACUAUCAAAUUUUCAGGCAUUAGUUAAUGGGUCUUCGGUAUCAAGCUCAGUGGAUACCAAAAUUGUUGUUUCAUUAUACCUUGAUGGCCUUAAGCAUACAAAUGGCAGUGGCCCUUCUUUAGAAGAUGAAAAUGAAGAUCUUUUAGCUGAUUUUAUUGAUGAGGAUAGCCAGCUUCCAAGUAGAAUAUCAAAGCCUACUCACCCAAAAACCAGAUCUGCAUGUUGGGACGAUGAUGAGGUUUCAGCACAAACAGGUUCAUCCAUUUGUUUAUUGAGAUUAAUGGACAAAUAUGCGAGGCUAAUGCAGAAAUUAGAAAUCGUUAAUGUUGACUUUUUCAAGGGCAUCUGCCAGCUCUUUGGCGUAUUCUAUUAUUUUAUUUUUGAGGUAUUUGGCGAGCGGGACUCUUAUCAAAGUGCUCGACUCAAGUCUUCCUUGUCAAAAAUUAUUCAAGAUUGUGAUCAGUGGAUUAGACGCCAAAAUCAACCACCUUCAUCAUCACCAAAAUCACUCAAUGCAUCCAUAGCACAUAUUGAUGUAAUGCCAACAAUUCCUUCUGGAACUGGUACAACAUUUGGGCUGAAGGAAAGAUGUGUUGCAGUUGAGAUGAUAUCCUUUGUUGCUCAGAUCUUGCAUAGAUCAAAAGCGCAUUUUCAGUCAAGGUUGUUUCAGCAGAACUCUGCAUUGAUUGAGGAUUUCUUUGGGAAUCUGGUAGAUUCAGUUCCUGAUCUAACUGAACACAUUCAUAAGACAACUGCAAGGACGCUUCUCCAUAUCAAUGGGUAUGCAGAUAAGAUUGCCAACGCUAAGUGGGAGGUUAAAGAGCUUGGAUUAGAGCAUAACGGGUAUGUUGAUUUAUUAUUAGGGGAGUUUAAACAUUACAAAACAAGGCUGCUACUUGGUGGAAUUGCUAAGGAGGUUCAAGAUCUCCUCCUAGAGUAUGGACUUGAGAAUGUCGCUGAAGUACUCACUGAAGGUCUGUCACGUGUUAGGCGAUGUAACGAUGAAGGACGAGUGCUGAUGUCUUUGGAUCUUCAGGUCCUAAUGAGUGGUCUUCAACACUUUGUUUCAAUGAAUGUCAAUUCAAAGUUGCAGGUUGUUGAAACAUUUAUCAAGGCCUUCUAUCUUCCAGAGACUGAGUAUGUGUAUUGGGCACGCUCUCAUCCUGAAUACUCUAGGAGUCAAGUUGUAGGGCUAGUGAACCUGGUGGCUACCAUGAAAGGGUGGAAGAGGAAGACAAGAUUAGAAGUUCUUGAGAGGAUUGAAUCAGGAAACUAGUUGUGUUCUAAGGUUUCUUUUCUACACAGGCAUGUAAAUUUUUAUUUAUUUCUUUAUUUUCUAGAUGUAAAUUAGAUUGCAUAAUUCUAUUGUUUGUGAUUGUAUAUCCUUAUGAACUAAUGUUAUUUGUAACCCAAUAAAGAAGGCUGCUUUUACCACCUGCUAGAUGUCAUGUAUAUUGUAUUUAUGCAUAAUACACUUGAAGAUAGAGGGCUGCUAUGAAACUUUCCUUGCAGUUUUGCUCUUUGAUGAAAUUCUAUUAUGGUAUUGUCA